AUUAUAAAUAGAAUAAUGAUAUGUGCCAAAGAAAGAUUGUAUGUAUCUUUUAGGUUAAUUUGAAUUUUAAAUAAAUCGUAAUAAAAAAUAAUUUAUAAAUAAACAAUUUCUCAUAAAGAAUCAAAUUACUACAAUAAAACUACUUUUUCCACCAUCCAAAUCUUACAUAUUGAGGGAGGACGCGACGGGUCAUUGGUAUUAUUUGAGCCAUGCCCAUUAUUUUUUAAUAAUGUAUUAAGGUUAAUUUUCUGCAUAAUUUCUUUUAGUAAACUUUUUCCGUAAAAAUUAAGCUGGGUAGCCAACAAUAAGCAUGGAAAUUAGUUGAUGGGGCUAUUUUAGCCCCCGCCUAAAAAAAAUUUGAUGGGCCCAAUGGAGUUAUUUGCCAUAGUUAGGGGCGUUACAGUGAAAAAGGUCAAUAGUAGUAGUCGAAGUGGAGAAUUGGAUUCGUAGGAGGGACCAAUGAGGAGAAGUAUAAGUGCCAAACAGGAUUGUAUUUGUAUACGUGGCAUUAACUGAAGAGACACGCCAGCAGUCAAUUGUCGAUGUAGCUUCUUCGCGAGGAGAGACGGAGAGAGAGAGAGAGAAAGAAAGAAAGAAAGAUCGAUCCACACAACUAUUUACUUUCUCAUUUCCCCCAUCCCGUCGUGAGGAAGAAUCGCUGAUUGAGUUAGUGAAUGUACCAACUCUCAACUUUGCUGCAGCUUCGGAGGAAGAGAUCGAUUUGUUACCGGUUCUUAAUUUGCCGGCGCCACCAGCAAGCUUAGCCAAUUACGAAGGCUCCAAUUCCGUCAUUCAUCUCCGGCGCCACCAUGUGUUUUAUGUAAGAUCAAAUGCCCUCUAAGAGUCAAAACCCAUCAGAUUGCAAGUUUCUCCCCUCCAAGUUGUCCCCGUGUCUUCAACUCAUUUUCACUCUUCGCCAAAGACCCUCUUCCCCAACACUGCUCUCCUUUGGAUUCUAGAAGCUUUCCUCUUGUUGGAAGAAAAAAGGUGAACUGUAUGUGGGGUUUAAUGCGUAGAAUUGGUAUAGCCAGUUUGUGGAAUUUGAGAGUGAGACCUGCCUGAGUGUCUUUGAUCCUGUUGUUUUUUUCAGCUUCACCCUCCGCAAUGAAUAAUAAUAAUCAGCUUCAGCAGUCACCCUCUUCAUCAUCUUCCAAUGCAUACCCAUCUAGUAAUCCGAGUGACAUUACGUCGUUGAGCCCUCCACCACCACCACCUACAUUUUCAUCACCCUCUCCCCCAACCAGAUUUCCACCACCACCUCUAUUGCGCCCAAAUCAAGUACCUACUCCAUCUGUCAAGGUCCCACCCAAUUUACUUUCCCCGGCUAACAAUGGAAUUAGGACUCCUAUGAGUAGUCCUGCUCCUCAUCUCAGCACUCCACCGGGUCCUCCUGUUUUCUCUUCUCCCCUGCAACCAGCUGCCGUCCCGUUCAGAACUUCACCAGCCACUCCUCAGCCCCUUGCUGCUUUCUCCCCUGCUUCGUCGCUGUCCUUACCCACGUCGUCAUCUCCACAAUUCUCAGAUGGGGCUCCCGGACAGUUACUCCACCAGAUGUCGGAUACCGCUGAGGAUUAUAACCAUGUUUCAGAACAUUCUCCAAACGUCUUGUUCACUGCACAUAAGGUGUUGAAAGAGAAAAAGGUAGCAAACAUUCCCAGUUUAGGAUUUGGGGCACUUGUUUCGGCAGGACAAGAGGUAUCACCAGGCCCUCAAAUAAUACAGCGGGAUCCUCACAGGUGCCAAAAUUGUGGUUCUUAUUCAAAUCUCUAUUGCAAUAUCUUACUUGGCUCAGGUCAGUGGCAGUGUGUUAUAUGCCGUAAUCUGAAUACAAGUGGCGGUGAAUACAUAGCCUCUAGCAAGGAAGAACUUCGUAAUCUUCCAGAGCUAUCAUCUCCCUCAGUUGAAUAUGUUCAAACUGUUAAUAAGAGACCUGGCUUUAUUCCAGUUUCUGAUUCAAGGGCAACAGGGCCAAUUGUUCUGGUAAUAGAUGAGUGUUUGGAUGAGGUACAGCUCCAGCAUCUUCAAAGCUCCUUGCAUGCUUUUGUUGAUUCUCUGCCCCCAACAACUCGUCUGGGAAUUGUGCUUUAUGGUCGCGCAGUAUCAGUCUAUGAUUUUUCUGAAGAAUCAACUGCGUCUGCUGAUGUGCUUCCUGGUAAGGAAUCACCUAGUCAAGAGUCUUUAAAAGCAAUGGUUUAUGGGAGUGGAAUUUACUUGGCCUCGAUACAUGCUUCUCUUCCUGUUGCACACUCGAUAUUUUCUUCGUUUAGACCAUACAAACUCAACCUUCCUGAAACUUCCAGAGAUCGUUGCCUCGGUGCUGCGGUAGAGGUAGCUCUGGCACUGAUCCAGGGUCCGUCAGCAGAAAUUUCAAGAGGAGUUGUUAAAAGGCCUGGUGGAAAUAGCAGAAUUAUUGUAUGUGCCGGUGGCCCUGUUACGUAUGGACCUGGUUCAGUGCCUCAUUCCUUUAGCCAUCCUAAUUAUCUUCACAUGGAGAAAACAGCUAUAAAGUGGAUGGAGAAUCUAGGUCAUGAGUCGCAUCGACAAAGUACAGUGAUUGAUGUGUUAUGUGCUGGAACUUGCCCAGUGCGAGUUCCUAUAUUGCAAUCUCUUGCAAAAGCUUCUGGUGGAGUGCUAGUUCUUCAUGAUGAUUUCGGUGAGGCGUUUGGUGUGAACUUGCAGCGGGCAUCAGCUAGGGCUGCAGGUUCUCAUGGCUUGUUGGAGAUCCGCUGUUCUGACAACAUUUUUGUAAGUCAAGUGAUAGGCCCUGGCGAGGAGGCAGAUGUUGAUAGUAGUGAAGCUUUCAGGAAUGAUACGGCUCUUUCCAUACAAAUGUUAAGUGUGGAAGAAACUCAGAGUUUUGCAUUGUGCAUAGAGUCUAGGAGUGAUAUCAAAAGUGACUUUGUGUAUUUUCAAUUUGUAAUUCAAUACUCAAAUGCCUAUCAAGCAGAAGUCUCCAGAGUGAUUACUGUCAAAUUACCCACAGUGGAUAGUGUUCCAAAAUACCUAGAGAGUGUCCAAGAUGAGGUGGCUGCGGUGCUCAUCGCCAAAAAGACCCUUUUGCGAGCCAAAAAUUUUAAUGAUGCACUUGAUAUGCGGUUGACAAUUGAUGAAAGAGUUAAGGAUAUUGCUACCAAGUUUGGUCAAUUGCCAAAAUCUAAACUUUAUCAGUUUCCAAAGGAAUUAUCUUUGUUGCCAGAACUAUUAUUUCACCUCCGGAGGGGUCCUCUUUUGGGAAGCAUCGUUGGUCAUGAAGACGAGAGGUCUGUACUUCGAAACCUGUUUUUGAAUGCAUCCUUUGAUUUGUCCCUGCGCAUGGUUGCUCCUCGCUGUUUAAUGCAUCGAGAAGGUGGCACUUUUGAGGAACUACCAGCCCAUGACCUAGCUAUGCAAUCUGAUGCAGCAGUCGUUCUUGACCAUGGCACGGAUGUAUUCAUUUGGCUGGUGUGUUUUACUAUUGUCAUUGAUUUAUUUGUCAAGAUAGUUGUUAUCGGUGAAUUGUUUUUGCAUCUUGAAAUCUCCAUACCUUAAGUUUAAAAAUAUUUCUUGGCUUUCCUGUUUUAUCCAAACUGUCUGGUUUGAAGUUUUCUUGGUUUUCUCCUUGUCUCUCUUCUUCAUUUGUGGUGGUUAAGUGGUGGAAUGGGGAUGUCCGUUUUUAUCAUUUUCCUGUUUUAGCUGGCCUGCCAAGUGUGCGUUCCUUGUUGCUCUUUGUGAGACACAUCUUGUAGUUUCUGCUUUGUAUUUCAUCUUUUUGUCCCUCUCAUGUUAAUGAGUGGAUAUUUGGUGGCAUUUAGGGUGCUGAACUUGCUGCUCAGGAAGGCAAGAGUGCAGCCGCAUUGGCAGCUUGCAGGACGUUGGCUGAAGAACUCACUGAACUGCGUUUCCCAGCUCCUCGCAUUCUUGCAUUCAAGGUAACCUUUCUUUAUUGACAUGUUUUUUCUAGGAUCCUUUAACUCAUUAUAAAUGUAAGCAAAAAUUUCUUGUGCAUUAAUGUCAGGAGGGAAGCUCACAGGCUCGAUAUUUUGUAACUCGGUUGAUCCCGGCACACAAAGACCCCCCCUAUGAACAGGUAAGUGAGGAAGAAAACGGCUAUUUUGGUUUUCAUAUGUGAAACAGAGAAUAAUGCAUCUGGACGUAUGGAUUUUUUGAAUGUAGGAGGCUAGGUUUCCACAGCUUAGGACAUUGACAGCAGAGCAGAGAACGAAGCUGAAGAGCAGCUUUAUCAACUUUGACGAUCCUAGCUUCUGUGAGUGGAUGCGUAGUUUGAAAGUAUUGCCACCUGAGCCCAUCUGAUGUUUUGUGUGAACUGUUGAUAUGAGAAAAUUUUGGGGUUUUGGCUUUGAGGAACGGGGGCAUGCAGUUUUGUUUCUCUUUUCCUUGGAAGAAAGUUGUAGGAUAUUCUUGAUAAUUGAAAAAGAGGCAAGGAAAAAAAAAAAAGAAAAAAAAAAAGAGGCAAGUGUACAAUGUAUUCUGGGUAAAACAGUUGAGAAUUGUAAUUUUUUACUUUUUUCAACUUGCUAGUGUAGUAGUGUUUAUUAAUUCUUCCGCACAGUGGGGAUCAGUUUCCGUAAAUCCUCCUAUCUGUGUAUUCUCAGCGAGAAUGGGAGUUUUCGUUUAGGAAAGAAACUGAAAAAGAAAACAAAUACUGCACUAGCUUUAAAUAUUUUACAAAAUGAAAAACUAGAAACUAAAUCAC